AUGCCGCAGAAUUAUGAUUACGAUGAGGCAAGCACCACAUGGCCAUUUUUCGUACUCACGGUGUUAUUUGUGGCUGUUACACCGGUAACAUUGAUUGAGCUGUAUAGAUUGAUUGUUGGGGACUCCAGCGAUAAGAGUUCUUCAUCAGAAUGGAGUCAAUUGCACGAAAAAUAUACUUCAGAAGAAGUUCGGAAAUAUAGACUUGCUAAUAAGAAGAAAAGGUCCAAGAAGGGAAUUUACUUCAUUACCGUUGGUUGGGUGCUCAUUUCGAUGUUGAUUUAUCAUAUUCGUUCCAACGAUGCUAUCUAUCAGAUUGCAGCAGCGGCUUUUGAUCCAUAUGAGUUACUUGGUGUGACGCUUUCGUCUACCGAUAAAGAGAUCAAGUCUGCAUACAGGAAAUUAUCUGUCAAAUUCCAUCCCGAUAAGCUUUCCAAGGACCUAAAUGAGAUUGAAAGAACGGCUAUGGAGGAACAGUUCGUGAUGAUUAACAAGGCUUAUAAGGCUUUAACUGAUGAAAUUACGAAGGAAAAUUAUAGAAAGUAUGGUCAUCCAGAUGGUCCUCAAUCUACUUCUCACGGUAUCGCUUUGCCCAAGUUCUUGGUGGAAGGAGGUACUUCCCCAUUUGUUGUUUUUGCAUAUUUCAUUCUACUUGCGUUUGUGUUACCCAUGGUAGUUUCUAAAUGGUGGAGCACUUCGCAAGAGUACACAAAACACGGUAUUCAUUCUGAAACAGCAUCUCACUUCGUUGACAAAAUGUUCAACUUCAAACCAUCUUAUGUUGUUGUGCCAGACUUAAUCAUUAAAUGGAUCUCUGAAGCAAAAGAAUUCCAAUUGAAAUUCCCAGAAUUGUCUUCCGUGGACAUCGCUAACAUUAUCCAUUCCCAUGUUAACCGUGAAAAGACUGAAAACGAAUAUGCAAGGAACUAUGUGCUUACCAAAUCAUCGUUACUUUUCCAUCAAUUGAUAGAAAUCGCAUCCACUUUUAGGAACACUGAAGUUGCAUUGAUGGCGUUAGACACGUAUAAGACAGUGGUACAGGCAACUCCGUUAUCGCCACACUCUCAAAUCUUUCAAUUACCAAACGUGGAUAAAGAGCAUUUCUUGGAUUCAACUACAGAUGAUAUUUGUGCCUUGGGUAAAUUAUUCACAUACCCAGAUGAUAAGAUAGGUAAGAUGCUAGGAAUAAAAGAUGAAACAGCACUCAAUGAAACUUUGAAAGUAGCGUCUCGUAUUCCUAAGUUGAAGCUCGUCAAGGGCUCCUUCAAAGUUCGUGGAUCUUCUCUAAAUACCGCAGAACCAGGUUCUACUCCUCACAUUCAAGUUAAAGUGUUGGUUCGUUCUCCAAGACACAAACUUUUCCCAAACUCAUUGAUCCCAGCUGAAAAAAUAGCUGGCGAUGAUCCAUUGUUAUUGGAACAGGAUCCCUUCGAAAAAUUGUUGGAACAACCAUUGUUGCCUGAAACUUUCGCACCUUUGCUUCCAACAAAGAGACGUACUUGCUGGUAUGCGUUAGUGGUAUCACAAAAGGAUGGUAAAAUAAUUCAAACCCCAAGCUUGGCCCAAAGAUUGUCCCUAGAAAAUUUGGAUGUCAAUUUCGAUAAAAGAGUUAUUAAAGAUUUAGACAAGGAAUUUAACGCUGAAGACUGGACCAUCGGCACUUUCUCAAUUCCUUUCGCUCAGCCUGCUCCUAAAGAAGAAGGCACAUAUUUCUUCAGAGUCGUUAUCAAGUCUCCAGAUUACUUUGGUUCUGAUUUAGACUUCACUGUUCCAUUGACUGUGAAAAAUACUCCAAUUGAAACAGAUCCUAAGAAGGAGAUAUUGGAAGAACUAGACUCUGACGAUUCAGGAAAUGAAGGCGAAGAAAAUACUGGAUAUUCCUCCGAAGACUUUGAUGAAUCCGAUGGUGAUGAUCUAGAAGAGGACUCUGAUUUCACUGAUAUAGAUACUGAUACUGAAGAUGAACAUGAAGCAACUGAGGAAACCACUGAAAAAUCCUCCAAGACAGAUUAA